CGAACGUGCGCGGCUGUCGCCGCCGUCGGGUGAGAGCGCCCGGUGCCCGCCGCGGCCAUGUCGGGCCGCCCGCCGCGGCAGGAGGAUGGCGAGAGCGCGGCGCUGCGCCACAAGGAGGAGCUGAGCCGGCGGAUUAAAGAGCAGAAGGUUGUAGUCGAUGAGCUUUCCAAUUUGAAGAAAAACCGGAAAGUUUAUAAGCAGCAGCCCAAUAGCAACAUAUUCUUCCUUGCAGACCGGACAGAAAUGCUGUCUCAGUGCAAAAACACAUUAGAUGAAUUAAAGAAGGCACAUCAGGAGCUGGAAAAUUCAGAAAAGGCUAAAAUCAAGAAGUAGUUCAUGUGAAUUCCCAUUGCAAUGUGUGGUAUUUGCUGUGUUGUUACCUUGUGCAGCCAGCGUGCGAUUCAUGAUUUCCUCAGUGAAGACAUCUUCUGCCGUCUGAGAAGAAGAGGACCAGACAGUAGCCAACAGUUGAUAAAAACCGUGUCUGAUCUCUCUUAUGAAUGUCUCUUUUCAGGCCAUGUACUUCACUUGAGGGGACUGGUGACUCCUCAGCCUCUGGAAGAUGCCAAUAACAAUAUUUUCCUUUGGAAUGGAGAAAUUUUCAGUGGAGUGCAUGUAGGAAAUCUAGAGAAUGAUACUGAUGUAAUGUUUCAUCAUCUGGCUUUAUGCAGCAGUGAAAUGGACAUUUUGUCACUCUUCUCAUCACUUCAGGGUCCCUGGUCUUUUAUUUAUUAUGAGGCAGCCAGACACAGUUUAUGGUUUGGCAGAGAUUACUUUGGUCGUCGUAGCUUGCUUUGGCAGUUCAGUAAUGAGGUUGACAGCGCUUUCUGUCUCACAUCUGUAAGUGGUUGUUCUGAGU